UCUAAGCCAUCCUAGGGGGGAGGGGGGUUAGCCUCGGGGCUCCGUGGCAGCGGUGUGAGUGGGCCUGCUCACCAGAAGAUCUCACCGUACCCAUGAGCAGUAAAAGUUGCUUCAAGUGUGGACGCUCUGGCCACUGGGCCCGGGAUUGUCCUAAGGGAGGAACUCGAGGGCGAACAGCAAGAGGUCGUACCAGAGGUUCCCAAUGCAGCUCUGCCAGCCAGUCCGAUGUCUGUUAUCGCUGUGGUGAAACUGGUCACUACGCCAGGGACUGCGAUCUUCUCCAGGACACCUGCUACAAUUGCGGGAGAAGAGGCCACAUAGCCAAGGACUGUACCCAGCCUAAACGAGAGAGGGAGCAGUGCUGUUACAUCUGCGGCCGACCUGGUCACCUGGCUCGGGACUGCAACCGACAGGAAGAACAGAAAUGCUACACUUGUGGUGAAUUUGGGCACAUCCAGAAAGACUGUACCCAAAUCAAGUGCUACAGAUGUGGUGAGAACGGCCACAUGGCGGUGAACUGCAGCAAGGCAAGCGAAAUCAGCUGCUACCGCUGUGGCGAGUCUGGACAUCUAGCCCGGGAAUGCCCCAUUGAGGCUGCUGCUUAGUACCCUCCCGUUUUAAACCCUCUCCUUUAGUACUUAGUUAAGCUGUUUCUAACAUUUCUUUACUAUUCAAAAGGGUGAUAGAUGGAAACUACGCCUAUGCUACUAUAAUUAUCAACUUAAAACAGGAAAAGACUUGGGAGGGGGAAACCCGUCAAAAUGCCCUGUUUGGUUGCCAUGAGGAAAUUCAGAUACGGCACAGCCAUUUUGAAUGGGACACAACUGGUGGGUCCUUUGAAUAUGUUUCGCUUUGACACACUAAAUUAGAAAUUGAUAGUGAAAAAUCAGAACAAGUUUGGAACAUCACCUUUGAAUUUACUAACAAAUAAUAUCUAUGUGUGUGUCCGAUAGAGAUAAACGGCCUUGAAGCAAAGGAAUACCGACUAAAACGAUAAGAAGAGAAACUACUUCCUUGGUGGUGGGGGCAAGAACAUUUUGAGGAAGUAACAUUUCUUCAGAGACUUUUAGAGCAAAUAAAAGUGUUUCUGAAAAUA